UAAUUAAGUUGGAUGUUGAAAGAUGAUGCGACUUUUUUAUUAGAAGCAACAUAGUUCCGAGUUUAACUGGACUUAAUGCGCGAGCUGUGUGUAAUACGUAACACAUUGUACAAUGCUCAUAAGUCUCUGUGAUGUUCAGUGCAUGGAAGUUACAGACAUUACCGCUUUUAAUGUGAACCAAUAAUAAUGAAUGUUAAUUAAUGUUAAUUCGUUAAGAUUGAAGGAGCACUGAUGCUCCUGCAUUCUUCACACGAAAAUUUUCACCGUGCACUUAACAAGAUAUCUAUACCCACAGUCUCGCCUAUUGGGGAAUUAAACUGGGGACCACGUAUCUCUUGUACUUUUAUCAGAAAACAACGAUUCCAAAUUGACUUCAUUAUUGUUUAACUUGUCAUAUUCAGAUAUAUCGACUGGUUACUUAGCUGGCAUGGGCGUAACAGCAGGUACUCAUCGUCUUUGGACGCACAGGAGCUACAGCGCCAAACUACCACUCAGAGUAUUACUCAUUACGCUGUACUGCAUGAAUGGUCUGAUCAAACCGUCCAGGUGGGUACAUAUCCACCGUGUCCAUCACAAGUACACUGACACUUGUGCGGAUCCACAUAACGCUAAUCGCGGUUUUGUCUUUUCUCAUAUCGGCUGGUUGACGAUGAAGAUGCAUCCAGCGGUCAGGCAGGGUAUCAAAAAUAUAGACAUGAGUGACAUUCAUGCUGAUCCAGUCAUACGCUUCGCUGACAAAUAUUAUAUGUUGAUCAUGCCACCGCUGUGCUUCAUUUUACCGGGUCUGACACCGGUCUACCUAUGGAACGAGACUUGGGCCAUAGCCAUAACCGCCAUACUUUUCCGUUAUAUCUGGAUACUAAACGCACUUUUCGCCGUCAACAGUUUCGCGCACAUAUGGGGCUGUCGACCUUACAACAGAACUAUUAAGCCGACGGAAAACUGGAUAGUGUCCGUCUUUUCCGUCGGUGAGGGCUGGCACAAUUAUCAUCACAGCUUCCCACGGGACUACAGGGCCUCGGAGUUUGGCUGUUUCAAUCCGUCGACCGGCUUUAUACAUCUCAUGGCUUGGUUAGGAUUGGCGUAUGAUUUGAGAACACCGAGCCAAGAAAUCGUCUACAGAUCCUGCGCGAAUAAAGGCGAUGGCACGCCAUGCUCCGUGACGAAAUACAGCCAGUUUAUACCGUCGCAGGAAAGGAGAAAUUGAAGCGAACAUUUCAACAGACCCGGCACACUUAUAUUCACUUGCCGAUUUUUGUCGUAUUUUUUACCGCGACUAAAUACAACUCUCCGCUUUCUUCGUUGCGCACAAUUGCAAGUAAUGUAAUAUUUGUUGUCCUUUCUCUCCAGCAGCCGGCUCGGCUGCUCUUUCUUACCUCUUCGAGCAUUGAAUAAAUAGUGCUACGUUUCUCCGGCUACAUCCCACACGUGAUCUCGAACCGUGUAUCUCGAACUGAGAGAGAGUAAUACGUGGCACGAUGAAUUAUGUUAUUUUGGACUGAAUGUUACCAUCGUAUUAGCAGAUUAUCCGCCUGAAUUUCCGUAGAUAAUACGUAUCGCUUAAUUAUGUUUAAGGAUUAUAUUUAUGUUAUCUCCUUCAUGCGUGAAACGCGUAGAACAUAAUGAAACAUUAUUGACGCUUGAUAGUAUAUUUUCACAACCGUAAUAACAGCAUAGGUGUCCAAAGGUAACUAUUUUUAUCAUGCAAUUAGCGUGUAUGAAAUGUUAUAACAAAUGUCACGAGUAACAAAGUAUGAUAAAUAAAUACGAUAAAUAAUUCAUAACGUGUGUGAACGUUAUUCAUUUGUAUAAGCGGGUAUACGUAGCGGGUGUAAAAGAGCAUAGCAAAUGGCAUUAUAAAUCAUUAAACUCGGUCCAUAUUGUUUCGAUUCAUUGUUAAGAACUGUUAUUAACUCAACAUAUUUAAUUUCAAUGUGUUUAUCCGCGGCUAUGUGUUCAUCCGUAUAGUGUAACUACCUCCAUUUUACGAUAAUGAAAACUUUGAUUACGUUGUAAAAUAAACUAGGAGAAUGUUUUAUCGUAUUAAUUUCAAAGAAAUAAAAUCGUAUUUACGUUCCUAAAAAUCUCGUAAUUUGAAACCUCUGCUUCUUUUUUAUUUUUCAUUACAGCUACGCCGGUCGAUAGAAGGUUGAUAUUCCGCGCGGUGUUUUCUGACUUGGCGCGAAUAUUUCCCUCAGCCUCGGUCCCACGGCGGUCUAUUUUAAGCGCCGUAGAAUUUUAAUAAAGGCUUUAUCACACGAUCCCUAUCGGAGGAUGUAUCACACGCGGGGCCGCACGCUUCGGUGACCUCUGCGGUCAACGAUUUAUAUAAACGCCCUACAUACGUGAAGUCACGUUUUGCCGAUAAAAAAAGAACGAGAGACGCCAGAAAAGUGUUAUCGAUCCGGAUAGUCUGACGUCGCGCCGCGCUUCACCCUCUCCCCUCCGGGGCUUAAAUUUAGUAUUUAUCAUCGCGUAUUCCGCGGAGUCUACAGGUAGCGCCUGCGCGACUUGGCCGUGUCACUCGUCACGCACCUUAUACGCGCAUAUACC